AUGACCAUCCUGACCAUGGCACGAUACGAGUGGUUUGAGGAAUGGGCCGGGACCCGCGCCAAGCACCGCGGCCCCGAGUACCAGCGGUACAAGAUGGCCAUCGCCCAGCGCCUGCUGGAGCGGGCCCUGCAGCGCUUCCCCCAGCUCCGCGACAAGGUGGAAUUCGUGGAGGCGGCGUCGCCGCUCACCAACCAGCACUACCUGGGGGCACCCCGUGGGGAGAUGUACGGUGCCGAGCACGACGUCGGCCGCUUCAACCCCGCCGUGAUGGCUGCCAUGAGAGCUGAGACACCCGUGAAGAACCUCUACCUGACGGGGCAGGACGUGUUCAGCUGUGGGCUGGCAGGGGCCCUGCAUGGGGGGCUGAUCUGCGCCUCCACCGUCCUGGGCCGCCUGCUCUACCUGGACCUGCUGCUCCUCAAGAAGAAGAUCAAGCGGCGCCUGGCCCUGCAAGUGGC